CUGAUAUUCCCUCUAAAGUUAGUCCCGUUAAUUAUGGACCAAAAUCCAGUUGUUGAACAAGAAAACUUAGCUGACCCUGAAACUAAGGAUUUAUCUGCACCUGCUCCAGCUCAGCCAGAUAAUGUAGAAAUGGCUCCUCAAGAGGAGAGCAAAGUGGCCCAAGAACCAUCUCUCGAAGAAGAGAAGACAGUUCCUCAGACACCUGCUGUUGAAGAAGAAAAGAAGAUUAUUCCAGAACCUCCUGAAGAAGUUAGCAAACAAGAUGAAACUAUUAGAAGAUUGAUGAUUUAUAAAAUAGAACUGAACAACUUCAAAUCUUAUGCUGGUAAAAAAGAAAUAGGACCUUUACACAAGUGAUUCUCAACAGUAGUAGGCCCUAAUGGAUCAGGCAAAUCAAACUUGAUUGAAAGCUUACUAUUCGUAUUCGGUUACAGAAUGAAAAAGCUCAGAUCUGAUAAAAUCUCCAGUAUUAUCCAUAGGUCAGAGAGCAAGCCUCAUGUUCAAUAUGCUUCAGUGUCGAUAUAUUUCCAAGAGAUCAUUGAUUUUAUUAAUGAUGAGAGUAAGUAUGAGCCUAUCAGAAAUACCCAGUUUGUUAUCAGUAGAAUCGGGUUUAGAGAUAACAAGUCUAAGUACUAUUUUAACAACGAAGAAUGUCUUCUAUCUGAUGUAGCAAGAAUUCUCAAGGAGAAAGGCAUAGACCUCCAGCAUAACAGAUUCCUGAUCUUGCAAGGAGAGGUAGAGAUGAUUGCUCAAAUGAGACCAAAAGGAAUGACACCCAAAGAGACAGGAUUUUUAGAAUUCCUCGAAGAAAUCAUCGGAAGCCAUAAAUAUGUUAACCAAAUCGAACAUUUCUCUUCUAAAAUAGAAGAAUGUAGCGAACAAAGAGUUGAUAGGGUGAAUACUCUCAAACAAAUCGAGAGUGGGGUCAAAUCUGUUGAAAAAGAGAAGAACUUUGCCAUUUCUUACAUCAGAAGCGAAGAGAGGUACUACAAGUUGAGGCAUAUCUUCCUCUGCUCUGAGAAAGGAGAGUACAGCAUCCUCAAGGAUAAAGUAAGCAUUAAGAUAAAUGAGACCCAGCAUGAACUAGAGUCUAUAGAAGCUGAAGUCAAAAAGAAAACAGAUGAUUACAAGAACCUUGUUACAGACAUUAAGAAAAUUAUGGAAGAAUUCAAGGUAUGUGAUCGUGAGUGAAUCAAACUUGACGACCAAUUUAGAGAGUACGAAAGAGAGGAUAUUAAGAAACGACAGGAUGUUAGUCAUUACACUGAACUCCAAGCUAAGACCAAAGCUGAGAUCGAGCGUUUAGAGGAAAAGAAAGAGGCAGCUGAGAACUCUCUUAAGGAACUAAAGAUCCAACUCCCCACUCUUGAAGAAGAAUGGAAAGAAUUAGCCAAAGAAAAGGAUGCCAAGAAGGAAGUAUUAAUGGAAAUUGAGAAGACAAUUGAAGCUGAAACUAAAGGCCUUAGAGACCAGAAAAUGAAACUGGAAGAACAACUCAGACCUAAAGAGAUUGAAUACAACAAAGUUAAUGAAGAGAAAGCUGCUUUCAAGAUAGAACUUGAUACUAUCCAGAAGAGACGAAGAGGCUACACUGAUGAGAAAGAAAGAGUGGAAAUCAGAAUCAAAGAAGUCUCUAAGAAAGUCUCUGAAAUUCAAAAUUCUAUGGAGAAGAUCACUACUGAAGAGAAGAGAAAUCUUGACCAGAUUUCAUCACUAAAAGAAGAAGAGAAAUCUCUUACGAUUACAUCCAGAAAAAUUGAGGAGAAAAUCAACAAGAAAAAGGAAAUCAUUGAGGUUGCUAAAAAUUGUAUUGAGGGUCAAAAGACGAACUCCAGACUUGUAGAGAAGUUAUUUGAGGGGCAAAGGAAAGGAAAACUUAGAGGUAUUAAAGGGAGACUAGGCAACCUCGGCUCAAUAGACUCAAAAUAUGACAUCGCAAUCUCAACAUGAUGAAGCUUAUUAGACUCUAUUGUUGUUGAAACUGUUGAUGACGGUACACUUUGUAUGGAAUACCUUAGAGCACAUCAGAUAGGUAAAGCUAAUUUCCUAUGUCUUGAUAGGAUCAAAGAAAAGAAUAGAGCUUUGAUGAAAAGAGAGUUUCAAGCCCCAGAAAAUUCUAAAAGGAUAUUCAACCUUGUACAUACAAAAGAUGAAUACAAGGAAGCAUUUUAUUUUGCUCUGAAAAAUACUCUUGUGUGCCCAAAUUUAGAGACAGCCACUAAAUUAGGCUAUAAAGGCAGUCAGAGGUACAGAGUUGUCAGCCUUGAAGGAGAACUUAUUGAAUUAUCAGGGACUCUUUCAGGAGGAGGAAGGCCAAGAAAAGGUAUGAUGAGACUCAAGCAAUCUGAUGAAAUUGAAAAACUCAACCUCGAAUAUACUAAUGAACAAAUAGAGAGAUUUGAAAGAGAAUUAUAUGAACUCAAGAAGGAGUACAAACAAUUCAGGUAUCAAAUAUCAUCCUGACUCGAUCAGAUCAGUAUCUGUGAAGACAAGAUUGAUAAGAGAGAGUUCGAGCUUGCUAAGGCUAAAGAUGAGAUCAACCUCAAAACAUUCAACGCCGAGAUUGAAAAGCUAAAAGCUUCAGUAAAGAACUACGAAGAACUUCUUGAAAACCCCGAAGAGCUUUCAAAACUUGAAACCCUAGAAAGCUCUAUAAAAUCUCGAGACGAGACUUUAAGAGAGAUUUACCCAGAAAUGUCCAAAAUAAAAGAGAAAAUUGCUGAGAAAGAGAAUGAAAUAAUGGAAGUUGGAGGGGAGAAUUACAAGAAAGUCAAAGAGGAGUUCCUCAUCAUCUCUGAUAAAGAAGAGAAGAAGCAAACUCUAAUCAACAGGACAAAGGGUAACAUUGAAUACACCACAUCUGAUUUAUCCAAAGCAAAGAGUGAACUGGUCGAGAACAGUCAGAAAAUCAAAACCAUUGCCGAAAACCUAGAGAAACUUAACGCUGAGUUGACUGUUAUGGAUAAGAAAGCAGCCAUCAUUCUUGCUGAUUUCAAUGAAGCCAAGAAGAAAAAAGAGAAAAUCAACGGGACCUUGGAAGACCAUAAACAUGAAUUUGACGAAAAGAAGAGAGCUCUUGAGAAGCUUGAGACUGAGAAGAGAGAGAUGAAUGAUAAAUGCAAUGACUUAAUUCAGAAAAAGCGGAGAUAUAUAGAGGCUAUGCAGACUAAAGAUGAUAAAAUCAAGGAAAAUAUCAAGGAAUAUAAGAGAAUCAAGAUUGAUUAUACCUUCUAUCCUUAUCUUGAAGAUCUUCAGAGAGGGGAUCUCCCAGAAAAAUUACUGAAUCAAGAGGAUCCACCCAGGCAGCCUAGAGAGGAUAGAAAAGAACCUGAGCCGGAAGAACUAAAGGCUCCUGACAAAAGAGGUAUCAUGUCAUGGGACUACUAUGUCAAUCAUUGAGAAUUUGGCCAAAUAUUGUCAACCUCUCAGUGUGAACACAUUGCUGAAUCUAGGCGCGAGAUUGCCGAAACUCUGAAAUUCUGAGAACAAGAGAUACAAAAGAUGAGACCAAAUAUCCAAUCGAUAGAUGAGUACAUCAUUAAACUUAAGAAGUUCAAGAAUUAUGAGAAAGAUCUUAAUCAGGUUGAAGAUAUGGAAAGGGAGAUGAGAGCAAACCACGAAAUGCUCAGGAAGAGAAGAUAUGAUGAAUUCAUGAAGGGAUUCGAUAUUAUAUCAAAAGAACUUAAAUCUAUGUAUCAAUGCAUUACAAUGGGAGGUGAUGCCGAGCUUGAAUUAGUUGAUCAUCUUGAUCCUUUCUCAGAAGGGAUCAAUUUUUCAGUAAGGCCUUUAAAGAAAACAUGGAAGCAGAUCUCAAAACUAUCAGGAGGAGAGAAAACUUUGAGCUCACUAAGCUUAAUCUUUGCCUUACAUCAGUUUAAGCCAACUCCUUUAUACUUCAUGGAUGAGAUUGAUGCAGCCUUGGAUUACAAAAAUGUAGCCAUUGUAGCAAACUACAUCAAGAAAAAAGCAAGAAAUGCCCAAUUCCUCAUCAUUUCCCUUCGUCAGAACAUGUUUGAACUAGCUAACAAGAUGCUCCUAGAAGGAUCCAGAAGCAUUUCCUCAAAGAGAAGUCCAAAAGAGAGAAUGCACAGAAAGAAGCUAGAAUUAAUGAGGAUUCCAAGAAGCUAGUCCAAGAGAUCCAGUCUGCUGUAGAUACCUCCCAACAUGUUCAUCAAAGUCGUA